CCCAGUGCCGAGCACUCAUAGAACACUCACUUCCGGUCCGGCUUUUUGGGAGAAAAUCAUUUGGAAAAAUUGGGUGUUUAUUUAUACCAACAUUAGAAGACGACACUAGAACCAUGAGCUCUUGCUGUGGAUCCCAGACGCCGAGAUGUUGUGAGUGUCCGCCCGGUUUGAGGCUGGAGAAGACCCCACAGGCGCCCGUUUUCGACAUGCUGGGUCCGCAUCCGGAUGAGGUGAUCAUGACGAUCCUGGAUCGCAUUUUGUAUCUUUCGGGCGCCACCAAAAUAAUUCCCAUGCUGGAGUUGGCGGGCUAUGGAUCAUCUCUUAAAAAGGAAUCCUGUCCACCGACAUCCACUUGCACUUCCGCUAGCACCUCGGUUCCUCCUUCGUCCUCAAUGUGGAACACCUGCUGCUCCAAGCCGCCCAGUACUACUAACACCUGUUGCUCCAAACCGACGAGCAGCUGCGGCAGUCGAAAGGUUACUCCAGUAACCUGUAUUCCAAAGGUUCCUACUCCCUGCACUCCAAAAUCCUGUUGCAAGACCUCGAGUCGCCUGAGUGCCGCCGCCUGUUGUCCUCGGCAGCGAACUCCUCGCGUGGAUUUUGAUCAUCCGGCGGAUAUUAUUCCUUUGCGGAAAAAGGCGGGCGGAAGUGCGACAAUCAAAGAGCGCAUGGAUAGCCCAAUUUCCACCUGUUCGGUGGCCUGUCAUCAACUGAAAACGAAGCUGGCAUCGCAGGAAUUUUCCGGGGGCAGUGGCAAGGAUCAAAGGUGGCUGUGGACCCGCUUGAUUCGCGGCAACGAUGGCUGCAUGGUGUACGAGGUCUACAAGGAAUCCGAUGCGGAUAAAUCGCCCUCCAAAAUCGGAUCGGAGGCACCCAUCAUCCUUUUUCUGGUCAUGCCGAACGGUUAUAUUAUGCCCUUUGAGUCGAUUUGUAGUCCUUGAAGAUGAAAGGUGUGCUAUUGCAUAC